AAGGUGCAGGAGAGAAGGUUGGCAAGUGAAGGGAAAAAGACCAGACUGAGGACGCGCAGUGGUAUUUUGUCUCUCCUACCCAUUGUCAUCUCUUCCACCUCUCAGGCAGCUGAACUCGCCAUCAAAUUUCUGCCUCCCCAACGCAGUCUGGAAGUAGUUCGGGUUGUGGGACCCCAGCUGAUUGGAAUUGGAAAGCACAGUGUGGCUGCAGAGCUCUAUCUGAACCUGGACCUAGUCAAGGAAGCGAUCGACGCCUUCAUUGAGGGUGAGGAGUGGAACAAGGCUAAGCGUGUGGCCAAGGAGUUAGAUCCCCGGUAUGAAGACUACGUGGACCAGCAUUAUAAGGAGUUCCUCAAGAACAAGGGCAAAGUGGACUCGCUGGUGGGUGUGGAUGUGGUGGCUGCUCUGGACCUGUAUGUGGAGCAGGGCCAGUGGGACAAGUGCAUUGAAACAGCUACCAAGCAGAACUACCAGAUUCUGCACAAAUAUGUGGCUUUGUAUGCGACUCACCUGAUCCGAGAGGGUGGCUAUAGCCAGGCACUGGCCCUGUACGUGCAGCAUGGAGCCCCUGCAAACCCACAGAACUUCAACAUCUACAAAAGGAUAUUCACGGACAUGGUGAGCUCCCCUGGGACCAACAGUGCUGAGGCCUAUCACAACUGGGCUGAUCUUCGGGACGUGCUCUUUAACUUGUGUGAAAACCUGGUGAAGUCUAGUGAGGCAAACUCUCCAGCCCACGAGGAGUUCGAGACGAUGCUGCUGAUUGCACAUUACUACGCCACUCGCUCGGCCGCCCAGAGUGUCAAACAGCUGGAAACUGUGGCUGCCAGGCUUUCUGUUUCACUCUUACGCCACACCCAGCUCCUACCUGCAGAUAAGGCCUUCUAUGAAGCAGGCCUUGCGGCCAAGGCGGUUGGCUGGGAGAACAUGGCAUUCAUCUUCCUCAACCGCUUUUUGGAUCUGACCGAUGCAAUUGAAGAAGGGACUCUGGAUGCCCUUGACCACUCUGACUUUCAGGAUACAGACAUUCCCUUUGAGGUGCCACUCCCAGCCAAGCAGCACGUACCGGAGGCUCAGAGGGAAGAGGUUCGAGACUGGGUACUCACAGUCUCAAUGGACCAGCGGCUGGAGCAGGUUCUGCCUCGGGAUGAACGCGGUGUGUAUGAAGCUUCCUUGGUGGCAGCGAGCACUGGCGUUCAGGCACUACCCUGCCUCAUUACGGGAUACCCCAUUCUGAGGAACAAAAUUGAGUUUAAGCGGCCAGGGAAGGCAGCUAACAAGGACAACUGGAAUAAGUUCCUUAUGGCUAUCAAGACUUCCCACAGUCCAGUGUGCCAGGAUGUGCUGAAAUUCAUUAGUCAGUGGUGUGGAGGGCUACCCAGCACCAGCUUUUCCUUUCAGUAACUAGUAGGCCUCAGGGAAGAGUUAUUGGAUUCUCUCCCUCAUUAAAGUCUUAUAGGUAAUGGA